AAAACAUUUUAUUUCUAAAAAUAAGGAUUUUCCUAUUUCUAUAUUGCUCUCUACCUCUGUUCUGUUAAGUGUUGUUGGAGAGAGACAAAGGAGGAAGCUUUAAAAAAAAAUAAAAGACAUUUGCAUGAAAAUUUAAAAACCUGUGCUUCUGACUGAAUUUUUGAAAGAAAUAAAGUGUUACAUUCCAAAGCUGAUUCGGUGUAAAAACAACUUUAAAGAAAGCAAUCGACUUUGGUGAUGAUGACGUUGACGAUUCGUCUGGUUCAGAUUUCGAUGAUGACGAUGACCCAGAUAAAAUAGAAGUACCAGGUGGCGGUCGUGAUCUCCAGACAGCUGUUACAUACGCUAAAAAUAGCUCCCAUAAUAACAAGAACUCUUUGCUGUUAUCAUCGGCAACAUCAUCAACUCUAUCAUCAUCAACAGCAUCAGCGAGUACAACCAAAACAAUGGCUCAAAGUGCCAAUACAAAAAUUAACACAGGUAAAUUACAACCUGCACAACAAAUGCAGCAAAAGUCUCAGCCACAACAACAACAACCACAAAAACUACCAUCGCUCUCACAACUUCAGGCAGGAAUGAAUCCAUCUGCAUCUGGGUUUGAUGCUUUAAAACAGCAAACAAUGUCCCAAACUGGAAUGUCCUAUCUUGGUGGUGGACUACUUGGCAGUGCUGCUGCCGCCGGUGGAAGUAGUAGCACUGGCGGUGGUAUUACUGGGAUGAAUAUGAACUCUGCCCAGUUGAUGAACAUGGCAUAUGGCAGCGGGCUGCCAUCAUAUUAUCAAAACAAUUCAAUGGCGUCUAUAUUGGCGCAGAUGGGUAUGGCCGGAUUUGGCAAUUUGCUUGCUCCAUCUACAGCCACAUCAGCUGUGAGACAACAGCCAGCUGCACCCCAGCCAAUGGCUCAAGAUCCGAUGUCACGUAUAAAUCAAUACGUCUUGCAAAACAUCCAAGCUUUGUUAGCAGCAAAUCCAAGCUUUCUAACAAGUGGAAUUCCCAAUAAGCUAUUAUCUCAAAUGUGGAUGCAGGCUCCAAUGAAGACCAAUCAAGCUGCCGAAGAAGAAGAGGCUGAUUUUGAGGAAAUGGGUGUUGCUGAGACAUAUGCCGAAUAUUGGCCCGCAAAGUUAAAAUUGGGUAAAAAACAUCCAGAUCCUGUAGUUGAAACGGCCUCACUAUCAUCCGUCGAGCCAUGUGAUGUGUAUUACAAAUUAUCCAUUCCACAGGAGACCAUCCAAAGUGGUCAACUGAGUGCUUUGCAAUUAGAAUCUAUAACUUAUGCAUCUCAAGCACAUGAUCAUCUAUUGGCCGAUGGUAGCCGAGCUGGAUUUUUAAUUGGCGAUGGUGCUGGUGUGGGAAAAGGUCGAACUAUCGCUGGAAUAAUAUUUGAAAACUACCAAAAGGGCCGCAAGAAGGCUCUAUGGAUCUCAGUCUCAAAUGACCUGAAAUACGAUGCGGAACGUGAUCUUUCUGAUAUAGGAGCUGGUAAAAUUGAUGUACAUGCAUUGAAUAAGUUCAAAUAUGCAAAAAUCUCAUCAGAUGUCAACAACAAUUGCAAGCGUGGAGUUAUAUUCAGUACAUAUUCUGCAUUGAUAGGGGAAUCGAAUAACAAGACUGGAAAAUAUAAGUCACGCUUAAAGCAAUUACUUCAAUGGUGUGGCGAAGACUUUGAUGGACUUAUUGUAUUUGAUGAGUGUCACAAAGCUAAGAAUUUAUGUCCGGUGGGUUCUGGAAAGCCAACAAAGACAGGUUCAACUGUGUUAGAAUUACAAAAUAAGCUGCCAAAAGCGAGAGUUGUCUAUGCAUCUGCUACGGGUGCAUCUGAGCCAAAGAAUAUGGCUUAUAUGGUCCGCUUGGGUAUUUGGGGUCAAGGCACAGCUUUCCCAACUUUCAAUGAUUUUAUCAUGGCUGUUGAAAAGAGAGGAAUCGGCGCUAUGGAAAUUGUGGCUAUGGACAUGAAACUCCGAGGAAUGUACAUUGCUCGACAGCUUAGUUUCCAUGGAGUAACAUUCAAAAUAGAAGAAGUUCCAUUAUCAAGUGAUUUCCGAAAAAUCUAUGAUGAUUCUGUUGAAUUGUGGGUUGAAGCUAUGCAAAAGUUUACUGAAGCUGCUGAACUCAUCGAUGCCGAAAGUCGCAUGAAAAAAACAAUGUGGGGUCAAUUUUGGUCAUCGCAUCAGCGUUUCUUCAAAUACCUUUGUAUUGCUGCAAAAGUAAAUCAUGCCGUUCAAGUAGCACGAGAAGCCAUCAAAUAUGGCAAAUGUGUUGUUAUUGGUUUGCAAUCAACUGGAGAAGCCAGAACUUUAGAGCAAUUGGAGAGAGAAGAAGGUGAACUGAGCGAUUUUGUAUCAACUGCUAAAGGUGUUUUCCAAUCGCUGGUAGAAAAACAUUUUCCAGCUCCAGAUAGAAAUCGAAUAAAUCGCAUCCUAGGACUAGGAUCCAAUAAGAAAAGCAUCCAAUCGAUAAUCGAGGAGAGUAAAAAAGAGACAGCAGCUGCUGCAUCGACUUCAAAGCGAAAAGCCAGUGCCCGGGCGGCAGCUGGAAAAGCAGCGGCCAAAAAAGCUCGUCGACGUUCAUCGAGUGGCGAUGAAUUCGAUCAGAAUUCCGAUGAUUCUGACUUUAAGAUAAUGUCUGCUUCGGAAUCAGAAGAAUCCGACCAUGGAUCGGAUAGUGGACAGAGCAGUGACUUCAAUCCAUUCUAUUCGGGCAGUGACAGUGAUGCCGACCCAUGGGUCAAUUCACGAAAGAAAAAGAAGCCGAAAGAGAAAGCUGCAGCAGCAUCAGCGACUGCAACUAAGAAAAAACCCACUUCCACCCAAGACAAAAUCCAAGAGCUGCUGCAAAAGAAGCAAGAACAGAAAAAUACCGUCACCCAGGUGGGGGUGCAUGGUAUCAAAAUGAAUUACGGUCCACCACCCAAGGACGCUAUUGAAAGAGCUUGUAGUAUGAAAGAGGAGUUAUUGCGAAAGAUCGACCGACUCGGAGACAAACUUCCACCGAAUACUCUGGAUCAAUUGAUCGAUGAGCUGGGUGGGCCAGAGAAUGUUGCUGAAAUGACUGGCCGCAAAGGUCGAGUUGUUCAGUCCGAUGAUGGUUCAAUUCAAUAUGAAUCCCGUUCAGAGCAGGAUGUUCCCCUGGAAACGCUUAAUUUGACUGAAAAACAACGCUUCAUGGACGGCGAGAAGGAUGUGGCAAUAAUUUCCGAAGCCGCAUCAAGUGGUAUAUCUUUGCAAAGCGAUAGAAGAGUGCGCAAUCAACGCCGACGUGUACACAUCACAUUAGAACUGCCUUGGUCGGCCGAUCGGGCAAUCCAACAAUUUGGGCGAACACAUCGUUCGAAUCAGGUUAAUGCACCCGAGUACAUAUUCUUGAUCUCAGACUUGGCCGGAGAGAGAAGAUUUGCCUCGACUGUUGCCAAACGUUUAGAAUCAUUAGGAGCCCUGACCCAUGGUGAUAGACGUGCCACUGAAACAAGAGAUUUAUCACAGUUCAAUAUUGACAACAAGUAUGGACGAACUGCAUUAGAAACUGUCAUGAAAACGAUAAUGGGUUAUGAGUCUCCACUUGUCCCACCACCCACCGAUUACAAAGGAGAUUUCUUUAAAGACAUUGCCGGAGCACUUGUUGGUGUUGGUAUCAUUGUUAAUAGUGAAUCGAAUCCGGGUGUCCUGAGUCUGGAUAAGGAUUACAAUAACAUAUCGAAGUUCUUGAAUAGAAUUCUGGGAAUGCCUGUAGAACUUCAAAAUCGUUUGUUUAAGUACUUUACUGAUACACUUAAUGCGAUUAUUAGUCAGGCUAAGAAAGGUGGACGUUUUGAUUUGGGUAUUCUAGAUCUGGGUGCUGCCGGUGAAAAUGUUACCCGAGUUAAACUCUUGAAAUUCAUCCGUAAGCAUGCUACCGGAACUGCCCCAACUGAAUUACAUACCGUUCGUGUAGAACGCGGAAUGAUUUGGCAGGAGGCUCUCGACAAGUAUGCCGAUCUUAUCAGUGAAAAAGAAGGAUUCUACUUAUCACACCAAUUGCGCAAUAAUAAGCGAACAGCAAUCCUUGCGAUUGAAAUUGAGGCAAUCACACCCCAACAGCAGCAGAAGAAGAAAGGGGACACCAAACCAAGUAAGAAGGAUAUAAUGUUCCAGGUUUACCGUCCCAAUACUGGUCUACAAGUUCGACCAGAAUCUUUGGCCGAAAUUGAGAAGAAGUACAAGAAAGUCACAGUGGAGGAGGCUGAAACCCACUGGACGCAGCAAUAUGAUGCGUCGGUAAAUACCUGUUCCCAUGCUUAUUGGAAUGGCAAUUGUAGAAAUGUAAAUAUAGGCCAGGAGUGUGAGGUCGGCUUGCGACAGCGUCUAUACACAGUCUUGGCUGGUUCUGUACUCUCGGUAUGGUCUCGUGUAGAGAAUAUUCUUUCAAUGCGAAGUGCGAUAAACAACAAGAUGCAAGUUAUUCGAUUGAAAACCACCGAAGGAGAAAAAAUUGUUGGAACGCUUAUACCAAAAACCUGCUCCGAAUUACUCGUCCAAGACUUAAAGUCUGACGCUGAAAAAGUUGAGGAGACAUCCUUUUCAAAGGCUUAGAGUAGUAUAAAAGAGAGAAAGAGAGAUCCUUUUCCUAUUAAUUUUCCUAAUUUGUUACAAAAAAAAAAACAAUAA